UAAUCCUGUUUGGGUGAUUUUAGGAUAAACUGGGUAGUUUUAGGCUGGAUUUUAGGCGUCUUUUGGACAAUGUUAGGCCCGUUUGGAUGAUUUUAGACCCCUUUUGUGUGGAUUUGAGGCCUCUUUCGCUGAUUUUAGGCCAAACCUGGAGGACUUACGCUGCAUUUGAGACGCUUUUGGGUGAUUUUUGGCCAAACCAGUCCCCUUUAGGACCGCGCGGCCCUUUGGCCCUGAUCCUUCCUCUCACAGUUCCCGCCCUUCUUUUGACCCCGCCCUUUUCCCCCCACAGUUCCCGCCCUUCCCUUGACCCCGCCCCUUUCCCCUCACAGUUCCCGCCCUUCCCUUGACCCAUCCCCUCCCAGUUCGGGGUUUGGAACGGGGCAGGUGGGGGAAGGAGGGAGGAAGGAAGAGGUGGAGCGGCAGCAGGAAGCAGGAGGAGCUGAAGGAGCGAAUGAAGCGCGCGAGCCCGGAGCUGCCUGAACUCUCAGCCCCCGGGACCAUCGCCCCCCAUCCCGCAGAAUUUCCGAUUCCCAACCCUUGACCAAUGGAGGAGGCGGAGGCUGUGAGGAAGAGGAAGGUGGCCCAGGAGGCCCAGGCAGAGAAGGAGCUGAGGACAGGCACCAGGGAUGACAAAUCCCCAUGGCAGAACCUUGUGGAAGAGGCUGUUUGCAGUGGCUCCACGGCACAGGAAUCCAAUGGGGAGGAAAAACUGCGGAGAUCCCGCAGGAGGGGAGACUGCAAACGCAGAUCGCGGGGAUCUGAGGAGGAGAGCUUCAUCCUGGGCCAGGCAGGCGGUCAGAGAUCGAGGCAGAGCUCGGAUGUGGCUGUCCGUGAGCGGCUUCAUGAUGGGGAGAAGCGCCACAAGUGCUUGGAGUGUGGGAUGAACUUCAGAUGGAGGCACAGCCUGAUCUGCCACCAGAUGAUCCACACUGGGGAACAGCCCUACGAGUGUGGGGAAUGUGGGAAGAGAUUCAGAGCCAGAUCCAGCCUGAUCCGCCACCAGAUGAUCCACACUGGGGAGAGGUCCUACGAGUGUUCUGAGUGUGGGAAGAGGUUUCAGACCAUCCAUACCCUGAUCCGUCACCAGGUGAUCCACACCGGAGAGCGGCCCUACAAGUGUAAUCAAUGCGGGAAGAGGUUUCAGUUCACCUCCACUCUCCUCGUGCACCAGCGCACACACACAGACGAGAAGCCCUUCCGCUGCCCUGACUGCGGGAAGGGCUUCAGGCAAAAUUCCCAUCUUGUCAGGCACCGGCGCAUCCACACUGGGGAGAGGCCCCACGAGUGUGAGGAGUGUGGGAAGAGCUUUAGCCGGAGCUCCCACCUGAUCUGCCACCGGAGGACCCACACUGGAGAGAGGCCCUACAAGUGUGAAGAGUGUGGGAAGAGCUUUAGGAAGCAUGCCAACCUGAUCUGCCACCAGAACAUCCACACUGGGAAAAGGCCGUACAAAUGUGGAGAGUGUGGGAAGGGCUUCAAUCAGCGUGCCAACCUGAUCUGCCACCAAAUGAUCCACACUGGGGAGAGGCCCUACGAAUGCUCUGAGUGUGGGAAGAGGUUUCCCACCAGCACCACUCUCCUCAACCACUACCAGACACACACAGAGGAGAGGCCUUUCCACUGCUCCGAGUGCGGGAAGAGCUUCAGGCAAAACUCUGGCCUCAUCAUCCACCGGUGCAUCCACACCAGGGAGAGGCCGUACAAGUGUCAGGAGUGUGGGAAGAGCUUCUCGCACAGCUCAGCCUUGACCAAACACCAACAGAGGCACCAGUAAGGGAAGCCCUGUGAGUACCCUGAGUGUGGGAAGAGCUUCAUGCACUGCUCCAACUCCAUCCCCCACUUCAGGACCCACAUUGGGCAGAGCCCUGGUGACCCACGUUCCCCGGGAUCCAUGUUGGGAUGACACCUGGCUGGUUAUCCUUUUGUUUUGGGCUUAAUUUUUGUCUCUUCUCCAUCUGUUUGUGCUCUAAAAGCCAAGAGGAAUUGAUCUGUCACCUCAAAACCUCUCAAAUCCCACUGAAAACACCCCAAUUUUAACCCAGAAGAGCGCAAUCCCAAUUCAAAGUGGAUCCUCAAAGCAAUUCAAUCCCACGCGAACCUUAUUGGAUUCCACAGCCACCAGGGUGACAAGGGGUUGGAAGGAGAUUGGGAGAAGUGGGAUGCAAAUUUGGAGUGGUGGGAUUGGGAUUGUGUGGGGCUGGCUGGGUGGGAUGUAUUUGAUAGUAAAUAGAACUUUCACAAUUCUUGAUUUCUGUCCCAUUCACUUUCAGUCAGUUCCAGUUUUGUUUUCAGUGGCACCUUCUCAGCUGACUGUGUUUGUGUUCUCCUUGCGGGAGACUCCUGGAUUCUUUGUAUCAGGGUAGAUGCCUGGAACUAGACUCAGACGCUCUGUAAAUGCUAAAAGCUACAGUUGCAGUUUAUUAUAAGAGAGUCUGCAAGGAGCUGCCCGGCACAGCCACAUGCAGAUUAAAGAGAUAAAACGGGGGAAUGAAAGAGAGAAGGGGGAGGGUAGAGAGAGAGAGUAAAGAGGGUAAAGAGAGGAAGAAAAAGAGGAAGAAGAGAGCGACUUCCCGUUUGUAACACAAUAAAUCCAUUUCCUUCAUGAAUAUUCUGAUCCCUAAGAACCAAUCUAAUACAGAAUACUAAUUCUAUAGCAUUUACAUACAGCCUAUAGGAAUCCUUAUAUUAGCAUAGUUUGUGACAUUCUAAACUCUAAGAUCUAAUCUUUGGGUGCUGGCCAGUCUUUUGUGUCUUUUGGCCUUGCCCUCUGGUCAAGAGCAUUGUUUUGACAAGAGUGGAUUACCUUCAGCGGGCCAUCCUAUUGUGUACCUGGUUAUUUAGUAACUGGGGCUUGGUAUCUCAAACGUGGCUUUCAUUUCAAUUUCAUUCAUGUUUUCUAUAUUCCCAGAAUCUGAGCACUCAUAUUUGCAAGAUUCGUCCGUUUCAUAUUCUCCAACACUACUUUUUCUCCUGCCUCUCUCUGCCUGCUCUGUUUCUGUCUUAGUGUCUCCCUUGACCCAGGGCAGCUCCCAAAGACCCUCUGCUGAUCUAAUUCCCAAUGCAGGAGGUCCAACAGCCAUGGGUGAAGUUAUGAAGGCUGGCAGUGAAAUGUCCCUGUAAGAUCUUGCUGCACUUGGCUUUUGGCCCCUUCUGAAGAGCUUUGCCUUCAAGGGCAGGAGCAUUUGUUCCUGUCUGGGAAUUGGAAUUCCAGACCCUGGGAGUGUGAGCCAUGCAGGACCAUCCAGACUGUGAUGAUGUGGACGGGGAUCACAUGGACUGAGAUCCUCCAGACUGGGACUGCACAGACUGGGACCAGAUGGAUCAGGGCCAUACAGACUGGAAAUGUACAAACUGGGAUCAUAUUGACUGGGAUUGUGCAAACUGGGAUCACACAGACUAGGAUUGUACAACCUGAGAUCACAUGGACCGGGAUUGUACAAACUGGGAUCAUAUCCACUGGGAUUGUAGAAACUGAUAUCUCAUGGACUGGGAUUGUACAAUCUCAGAUCACAUGGACCGGGAUCGUACAAACUGGGAUUACAGGGCUGGGUGUAGUAAUGUAUCUGAAUAGUCUAAGCCUUAAGUUAUAUCGGGUACACCAGCCAAACUAUAUUUAGCUGUUUUUCUGCAUAUUUUGCUGUUUUUCUUCAUGCCUAGCUUUUUUUCUAUAUACCUAUCUGUUUUUCUGCAUAUUUCUUAGUUUAGACCAAUGUUUAUAACAGAUGCACUGGAUGAGCUAUUUUUAAGUGUUUUUCUGCAGCCUCUCUUACUUGUUGGGACUCUUCAAGGCUGCUACAACAUAAAUUGUACUAAAUCAGGAAAAAAAAGACUGAAAAACAAAAUCCCAGUAUUAAAAGACCCAAGAUAAAAGUGAGCAGUAAAGUUCUGAACAACAACAAAUUAUCUCACCAAAGGCGCUCGUGCAAGGCGCAUAGACAGCAUAGAAACACCAAUCAAAAAAUACGUGAUUGCGUGGACAGUAGCCUUAAAAUGUAUAACUAGAACUAAACGUAAACAGUAAAUAAUCUUCUGCAUACUCAAUUUGUUAUCCAGAAGUCCUUGUCUCCUACAGCUAGGAUUGUACAAACUGAGAUCACACAGACUGGGAUUGUACAAAUUGGAUUCAUUUGGACUGGAACCAUAUGGACCAGGACGGCUGUACUGGAACGAUGCAAACCAAGGCCAUCCUGUCCCCCCCCAGGGGUCCCUCCCAGUCUCACCCAGUCCCGCACAAGGAUGCAGUCAAAACUCCUGGGAGUGAACGCACUGUCCUAGAGCGCUCCUGGUGUCGGUCUCUGUCCUGGUCUUGAUCUCGAUUUCAGUCUUGGAGCAGUCCCAGAGCGCGCCCAGUGCUGAUUCUGGUCCCAGUCUGAAUCUUGGUCCUAUAGUGGUGCCAGUCUUGGUGCUGGUGCCGGUUCCAUUUUCAGUCUCGGUCUCAGUCUUGAUCUUGGUCUUGGUCUUGGUCUCAAUCUUGGAGCUGUCUCAGUCCCAGUGCUGGUACUGGUACCAGUGUUGGUCGCGGGGUGCUCCCAGUGCCAGUCUCAGUCUCUGUCCUAGACCCGGAGCAGUGCCAGUCUUAGUGCUGGUUCUGAUGACAGUCUCAGUUCCAGAGUUCUCGCAGUGCUGGUCUCAGUCCUGGAGCAUUCCCAGUGCUGUUCCUGGUUCUGAAGCACUCCCAGUCCCAGUCCCAGUGUCUAUCUUGGUCUCAGUCACGGUCCCAGUCCUAGUUUUGGGGCCAGUCUCAGUCCCAGUCCCUGUGCCACUUCCAAAGCGGUGCUCAUCUUGGUUCCAGUGUCGGUUCUGGUCCCAGUCUUGGUCUCAGUCUCAUUCUGAUUUCAGUCUCAUUCUUGGUGCUGGUGCCAGUUCUCAUUCUUGAUGCAGGUGUUGAUUCUGAUGCUAGGUUCCGUCUCAGUAUCAGUCUGAAUGAUUUCAGGCCCAUUUGGGUGAUUUUAAUAUAAACACUGGGCAGAUUUAUGCUAGAUUUUAGGUCCGUUUGGAUGGGACUGGGUAGUUUUAGGCUGAAUUUUAGGCCUGUUUGGGUGAUUUUAGGCCCAUAUGAGUGGAUCUUAAGCCUGUAAUAAUGAUUUCAGGCCCCUUUUUUCUGUGAUUUUAGGCCCAUUUGGGUGGAUUUUAGGCCUCUUUGGGUAAUAGUAGGUCAAACCAAGUCCUUUUAGAGUGAUUUUGGCUCCCUUUGGGUGGGUUUCAGGCUAGUUUGUGUGUAUUUAGGUCCCUUUGGGUGAUUUUAAGGUGAAACUGGGUAUGUUCUAGGGUGGAUUUUAGGCCCGUUUUGGUGAUUUUAGUCAAAACCAGGUAAUUUUAGGGUGGAUUUUAUGGCCAUUUGGGAGAUUAAAGGGUGAAUUUAGGCCAUUUUGUGUGGGUUUAAAACCAGUUUGGGUAAUUUUAGACAAUUUGGUUAGACUUUAACCCCAUUUGGCUGAUUUCAGGCAUAGCCAUGGGGAUGGAGGGUAGAUUUUAGACCAAACCUGAUUUUGGCCGAUUUUAGACCAAACCAGAUGGGUUUUAGGGUGGAUUUUAGGCCCCUUUGGACAACGUUAGCCCAUGUGGAUGAUUUUAGACCCCUUUUGUAUGGAUUUGUGGGCCCUUUGGCUGAUUUUGUGCCAAACCAGGUGGAUUUAACCUGCAUUUGAGGUCCUUUUGGGUGAUAUUAGGCAAAACCAGGCCCCUUUAGGACCACACGAUUUGUGCUAAUUAAAUUGUAACUAUAUUAGCAAAAUUGUUGCUUUAUAAUUAAUAGAGAAAUUGUAUUUAAUUGUUAUAAAGUAAAAAGGAUAAAGGAAAUGGUUAAACAAAGCAGAUGGAAUCAUCCUCCAAAUGUUUGGUGGGAGUGAGGGUAGUAAGGGUAUAGGUCUAAGAACAGCAUCUAGAAAUAAAACUUUCUACCUCGAAUUGGGCCAAAUAGGAAUGAUUCCAGGCAUUAGACACUUGGACAAGACUUGUUAUGAGAACAUAGCUUAAUUAUAUAGCCCUAAGCUUAACGUGCUUGCGCUACUUGCAAGGUCAAACUUUGGACACUGAGGAAGACCCAGAGCCUUCAUCGGAAACAAGACCCUCGAAAGGAGGAGAGACCCCCGACCCCUGGUGAAGCAUGCGCAACACAACAUAGUGAUGUAGAUUUUGGGACUAGAAACUAGGAGGAGCUUUCCAGAACAUUCUGUAUUAAUAUGUAUUAGUAAAUGGUAUAUAAGUGAGAUUUUAGCUUGACUGAUUUGGUAUGGUGUGAGAGGAAUGGCCCUACCCAUACCCCCGGUCAGUGUAACCCCUGGUCGGUUUUGCUUAUACUCUAUUUGAACAAAACCUCAAUUAUACUAAAUUACUCACUGCCAAAUUUUGUAUUUACUUAACUAAUAUAAUUGCUGCUAUUAUUAAUAAAUUGCUGCU